GGCCGGGCGUGUAUACUGGUGUACCGUCACAAUGUUGCUGUCUGGUUUACUGACAGGAACGGCAUCUCGCUCAGUUCUACAGAGAAGAUCUUGGUUUACUGGCUGGAAAACUGACACUGAAAAGUCAGGAUUUACUUCAGAGGAAGAAAAAGCCAUUGUGGAAAUACACAACGAGCUCCGUCUACGUGUGAACGCUUCCGAUAUGAGACAACAGAGCUGGGACCCCAGUCUGGCCACAGAUGCCCAAUCUUGGGCAGACGGAUGUGACUACGCCAGCGACAAUAGGACCAGCUAUGGAGAGAAUCUAGCAGCACAGCCAUUACAUUUUCACGAGACGAAAGCAGUUGAGAAUUGGUACAGUGAGGGCCAGCAUUAUGUGUACAGUAACAACAGUUGUACGCAGGUCUGUGAGCACUACACUCAGGUCGUGUUAGCGGAGUCAAGCAGACUUGGAUGUGGAAUCAAGUACUGUUCAAAUUUUACCACACUAACAUUAUCGGAUGCCUAUUUCAUUGUGUGUUACUACGACCAAGCGUAUAACAACAGUCGAGUGCCUUACAGGGAGGGUGCCGUGUGUUCCAGCUGCCCUUCUGACGCACCGAUCUGUGACAACUCCUUCUGUCGUCAGAGAAAUAUGAACGACACCACUACCACUGAAAUAACAACGGAAACAACAACAACAUCAACAACACAUCAAUACCAAGAGCAAAAAACAACAGUAACAACCAUGUCCAGCAAGUGGGGCAUCGACUAGUACAGCGUCCUCCAGCACAGUGACGACGAAUAUGGCAAUAGUCGUGAACGGAACAGGGACUACAAACACUUCGGACUGCGGCGUGAACGGAACGGGGACUACAAAACACUUCGGACUGCGGCGCCUGCAGCUCAUACAGUGAGAACGCGACGAUCACGAAUUCGAGAACGACAACCUCAUCAACUUCACAUAGUGGUGUCACACGUGGCAGAGCAAGCCUCGGCAAAACUGAAAUCUUCGGCCAUGACGUCGUGCUUUUCAGUGAUCUCUCUGUGUUUUAGUUGGAUGCUAUCGCGACACUGAAAUUGAAGCUAGACAGAUGUUAAAUGGAGCUUGAUUGUUUAAUUACUGGCGUUAGAUUGAAGUUAAAGCAAGACAAAGGUCACGGUUCUCGGGCGUAUCCAGGAAAGUAUUCAUUUUAAACACAUCUAUGAUGUGGGUUACCUAUAUAUAUAUUUUGUGUGAUAUACAUAUACUAGUAUAUCAAUUUUUGUCUGCCACGUAUUGUUAUUGUAAUUAAGCAUUUCCCUAGCUACGGCAUGAACGAACAUACUGAAUUUCUCUGAAUUUUGUGGACAGUUACUUGUGAUAACAAAAUCAUAUUUUCCUCACCAAAAAAAAAAAAAACUACAACGAAAGCAGAUAACAUUUUCUUGUAUUUUCUGAAUCCGCUUAUUCGUCAUGUUGGAUAUAUGCCACACUGGAUAUAUGAACAGUUUCAAUCUAAGCCCAACUGGGAUGGACAUUUCAUUACUGAAGCCUUAUAAACUAUCGUGGUACAAGAUUGAGAUACUGAUUUCAUUCAUUCCUUUAGAACAUUCCUUGUGUCUUUUCAACAUCACUGAAAACUUCAAUUGCUUUUCUUUGUAUUUUUAAUUUUAUAGUUUAUAUAGAUCUACCUGUUUUAGUGGUUUAUGCCGGAAGUUGUUUUCUGAAUUGGCCUUCAGAUUAUUGGCCUUGAACUUCCAGUGUGGUUGACGGCUGUGAUAACAAGUGCUUGUUUUGAGGUUUGCAUGAUAGAAAUAUAUUGCUAGAAAAGUUCAGAUUUCAUAUGGACAUUUAACGACAUCUUGUUCAUUCCAUUGAACAUCGCUUUCACAAAGUGAAAAACAAUUAAAUUGUGUAAAUAAACUGUUAGCAUAUUUAAGUUUGUGAAUAGAUUUACCUUCUUGUGAAUAGAUUUGUCUUUUUGUGAACAGAUUUACCUUCUUUUGAAUAGAUUUACCUUCUUGUUAGGAAGAAACAUAAAACUUCAGUCGAAAAACACACAUUUUUCAGAUUGAAUUGAAAUGUUGUUUGCUUCUGGAACAUUUGUCACUUGUACAGCUUUUUUACAUCAAGAAGAUGUUAUUGCUCAGGGCCAAUUUCAACGCUUGCUAAACGAUUUCAUCCAAUUUGUGAAGAGACAAGAUGAUGUGGCAGGUUUUGCUGAGACCAUAUCUGCGUGUCUUUAGUGGUAUGUUUAAGGUGUAAUAGCUUGUUCAUGCGGGCAUGUACAUAGCAAAUAUUUGGGGAAUGUGUGAGUAAAGUUAUACUGUUACCAGUCGAUAUUUUAAGGCACAUUGUAACGUGAAUUGAAGCGGUUUGGAUGUUUUGUGGAAAACAGCGAUGCAUUUCCCAAACCAAUAGUGUACCGUAACUUAUAAAAAAUACUGAAUUAAAACGGUUGGUUCCACACUUCAGGAAUGACAUACUCAUGAACAGCUAUAGGACUUGUCUGUUUCAGAUAGUUUCGGACAAUAAAUUACAAAUGAGAUGACUGUAUCAUUUGUCAGAGUCGGCAGUUAAUCCCUAAAUCUGUGGUAGGAAUCAUUGGACUCAAUGAAGCGUUUGUGUUCACCGCCAUGAAAUUAAGAACUCAUGAGCACGUCUAACAGACAAUGUUUUCGGGUUGUACGAUCGGAAGUUCGCUGUGUCACGCCUUGGUGGUCAAAAGGAUCGGACAGGUACACACGUCAGUAAAAAGCUGUCACUGAACAAUGAGAGGUGAGACAGGAAGAUUUAUGGCCAUUUAAGACAGAAUUUUGUGGACAACUGCCAAAUAAGUAACGAAUAAUAUUUGAAGGAUAGGCUAUAUGCAUGUACAUGCAACUGUGAGACGUUUAACUUAGGAAGGGAAAUGAUUUAGCAGAUAUUGUAAAUUUAUCUAGUGGGAUUUUAUAGGCGCCAGGCUUUCAGCGAUUAUUGGAGUGUCUGAUGAUACAUUUUUUAAUUUCCUGGGAUCAUCUGUAUAUUGGACUUCCAAUUUUGGUGACAUUAUUUUCUCUUAAAAACAAGCGAUGUUCAUGUUGUGUGAAUUCUCUUUUACUAGACCAAGAUGCGUGCUUUACAUUUUUAGACGUCAGUAAAGCUUUAGGUAAGGUAUGGCACGCUGGACUUCUGUAUAAACUUAGACAAAUAGGAAUCGAAGGUGACCUGCUAAAAUGGCUAGAAAGUUAUUUAAACAAUAAAUCAUUUAACGUAUGUGUAAAUGGAGCUGAAUCUCAUCCCGAAUACAUCUACUCUGGAGUGCCAUAGGGUUCUGUCUUUUGGCACCCUUUUAUUUCUUCUAUUUGUAAAUGAUAUAAACAGUGAUGCAGAAUGUAAAAUAAAUGUAUUUGCUAACGACACUUCUCUUUUUGAACUUAUAAAUGAUAUUACUUUUUCUGAACUUAAAAUCAAUAGAGAUCUCCAACGACUAACAGACUGGUCAAAUCAGUGGCCAGUGACUUUUAACUCUCUAAAAACUGUGCCUCUACUUGGUUCACUUAGAAAGAAUCCAAUUCGUCCUAAAUGAUUCUGAAUGGCCUUGAAGUGAAGAGCGUUGAGUCUCAUAAACCCCUCGGUGUAACGCUGCAGGAAUAUGGGAAAUCGGGCAAACAUGUUCUAGAUAUCAUCUGUAAAAGUAACAGAAAGUUAAGCAUAAUAACCAGGACUAAAGCAGCUCUUAGUAGAAAAAGCCUGAUUAAUUUAUACCUCAGUACUGUCCGAUCAACCAUGGAAUAUGCUGAUGUUAUUUUUGAUAACUGUUGUAUAAACCUCACUCAAAAAUUAGAACAAGUACAACGUCGGACAGCGCAAUUCUGCGCUGGAGGCCUUCGUUGCACUUCAUACAGUGCCCUCAUUGAUGAGUUAGGUUGGGAACAACUUUACGUUCGUCGCCGAGCGCACAGGCUACUUCAGUUUUAUAAAAUAGUUAACGGUUUAUCUCCCCCAUGUCUUCUACAAUUAUGUCCGGUCAGAAAUAAUGAUGCUGACCAUUCGCACAGGCUUAGAAACGGUAAUGACCGUUGCCUUUUUGAAUGCAGGAUAAAUAUCUUUUCUUCCUUAUUUUCCCCAUAAACGACAAAGGACUGGGACGACUUAUCCUCUAAGAUUAGAAAUUCAUCGUUUUUCAGCCUACAACAUUUUCUUACCCCCAAAUCCGAAAAUUGAAUAUUCUUUAUAAUAUUUUCAAUAUCGAUAUGUCUAUUUUGCAUUGUAGAAUAAGGAUGGGACAGAGCGAUCUUCAAGCUGAUCUGUUUAAGUAUAUUAGUAUCCCAGAUCGGUCUUGUAACUAUUGUCCAUCUGCUAAUGGAACAGCGUAUCAUUUCCUAAUAGAGUGCCCACACUUUGCCGCUCCUAGGAAGCAUAUACUUGUAGACAUAGCAAAAAUCAUGUGUCCAGGAGCUCACCAAUCUUUACUUUUGGCUGAUUCACUCAUUUCCAAAUACCUAUUUAAAGUGUUACUUUUUGGAUCUAAUGAUUUGGAUCUCUUAGAUAACAUUAAAUUAUUUCAAACCAUCCACAAUUACCUCCUAACCACCAAAAGAUUCAGCCAUUAAUGCAAACGAUGUUCGCAAUUGGUCUUAAUUUUUACUUAAUAUGCUAGUAUGCAUGUAUGUACAGGUACAUUUACUUAUGUAGACAAUGCUAUUUAUUUAUUCCAAACUAAGAUUUAACCAGUUAAUUUGUAAUCGGUCAUAAUUUUUAUUGUGAAUAUCUGUGAGGCUUAAUUCUUGCGUUUACUUUACUUUAUUUUACUUUGUUCUAUUUCAUUACUAUAUAAUUGUAAGUUAUCAGAUAUUACUUUCAAAAUAACGUUUUUCAA